UGCUGCGUAACAUCCGGCUAAAACAUGGCUGCGCCCUGACAAAUGUCACACUCUCUCGCUAGACAGAGAACAUUUUGGUAAUAUUCGCAGGCAGAUCAACAGUGGAGCGAAACAUCGAAAGCAGAAGGCCGUGACGAUCAUCUGUACGUCAUUCUCCGUCCUCAGAGGUUUUCUCGUUUCUUUAGCUUAGCUUCAAAAUAGCUUAGCAUCGACUGGACCGCGGUUUGGCUAUUUACUGUGCUAUGAAUGACAUUUGCACAGUUUAGCGCAGGAAACUACAGUUGUCUCAACAUUUAAGCCUGUAUUAAUUUCUUCAGGGUGUUGCAUCAUGGUGCAUUUAUCGUCCCUCCUUUUGAAGAACUACCACGGCGGCUACGUCGUCAUCCGGUUCGCCCUCUCAGGCCACAAACAAGCCAACCGACCCUUUUAUCGCAUCGUGGCGGCUUACAACAAGAGGUCAAGGGAUGGUAAAUACAUCGAGCAGCUGGGCAGCUUCGACCCGCUUCCUAACAUUUACAACGAGAAGCUCGUCAGUUUCAACUUCGACCGGCUCAAGUACUGGAUAGGCUGCGGUGCGCACCUGUCCAAACCGGUGGCCAAACUUCUAGGGUUGUCUGGGUUUCUUCCCCUCCAUCCCAUGACGAUCACAGAGGCAGAGCGUCGAAGAGCUAAAGCGAAGCUGGCAGAAACAGCAACAGAGGACCCUGAGCAGGAGGAGAAACAGGCUGACGUGUGAUCGGAUCAAUCAGAAGCUGCUGUUACUUUGGAAGAAAACUUACAAAUACAAGUUUUUCUCUUUCUUGGUGGACUGCUCAAAGCAACUGAUCUAACGUCUUGAAGAACAAACUUUUUCAAAAAUGUGAACAACUCAUAAUGUUGGAAAAUCUCAACAACUUUGAGUUGAUCGUGGAUUGACAAAGGCUGUAUCUUAUUUUUUUUAUUAUUAAAAAAAUGUGUCAUAACUGCAAGGCUAUGCAUGUUUUUAUUAAAAACUUUUUCCCCCUUUUGAAAUCCACUCAAAACCCUUUUGUCUCAUAUUAUGUCUUUUUGGUUUGUACUUUGGAGCCCUGUCAAAGAAAUAAAAGUGCAAGGAGUUUGUGUAUGUA